UGCAGUUUUCAAGAGGCCUUUUUGUGACCAAUUCUUGAAGUUUUGCCUUGAAAGAUUUGAAGUUGGUAUAUGGUCUUCUGCCAUGGAGAGAAACAUGGAUGCUAUUUUAGAUAACAUUAUGGUUGGUCUUCGAAGAAAGUUGUUAUUUGUUUGGGAUCAAGAAAAAUGUAUUGAUAGUGGAUUUAAGUGCUUGGAGAAAAAAGAAAAGCCCAUAUUCUUGAAGCAAAUGAAAAAAAUAUGGGAAAAUAAGUAUAAUCUUCUUCCUUUUCGUAGUGGAAAAUUUUCAGAAUCCAACACACUUAUGAUUGAUGAUGAGCCACAUACUGCUCUAAUAAAUCCUCCUAAUACUGCUAUUUUUCCUCCUGUUUUCAAAGUAGGAAAUGGCAAAGACACAUUUCUUGGUCCCAAGGGUGAUUUACAGAAGUUUCUAGAUGGUCUUGUUGAUGCAAAUGAUGUUCCAACGUACGUUGAAGAACAUUCCUUGAUUGGACAACCUGCCAUAACAACUUCUCAUCCUGAUUGGAAUUACUAA